UCGAAGCUCCAACCGGCGUGACCGACCCGAGCAACACCGACGGUGGUCCCAGCCGGCGACCCGCUCCGGCUUCAAACUGUCAGUCACCGCGCUGUUGCGUAGGAACCGCCCCUUUUCCCCGGGCUGACGUCACUGAGGCUUUCCUCACGUCGCAUUCUGAGGGGGAGAGAUUGAGCGCGAGCGCCGGGCGCGCGGAGAGUCGGGCAGCCCCGGGGAUGGAGCGGCGCCGGAGCCGGAGCCGGAGCCAGAGCCAGGGCGGCGCCGGCAGUGGCAGUGGCAGUGAGCGACGGCUUGGGAACCCGCAGGUUCCUGUGGAUGUUGGAGAAAGCACUACUGAUGACUACAAGAAGAUGGGAACACUUUUUGGGGAGCUCAACAAAUGUCUGCUAAAUAUUGGCUUCUCACGGAUACCAUUUGGAACUCGUGUUGUGGAACCAGUUGUAAUGGUUUUCUUUUGGGUUAUGCUGGGUUUCCUUGGUUUACAAGCUUUAUCUUUAGUGGGUACACUCUGCCUUGUUAUUAUUUUCAUCCAAGAAUAAAAGAUUUCAGAUGAAUGUAUUUGAAAUUCAUUUUUCUACUUUGUAUGUUACAUAAUUAUGUUAAAAAUUUGUAUUGAUGUGAAUAUGUAUAUUUAUUAUAUAUGGAUAUAAUAUGCAAAAAACACUUUAAAGUAUUGCUGUUUACCAACUUUUUAAAGCUUUUUUAAUCUUUGCAAAAAAUAUACUGUAUAUAAAUGUACAAUAUUUACAAGGCUGUGGCUGAAAUGCAAUAUUUUUGAGGAACAUUUAAUUUUUGAUCUUUUGUGCAGAAAACUCAGGGUGUGAAGUAUGAGAGAGUUGCCAUAUUAUUCAUAGGUUUAAAAAGUCUUUAUUGUAAAGUUAUUUUUACAGUAAACUUUUUAAGUAAAACCUUUGCUUUACUAGCAGAUCUAUCUUUGCAUUCUUCUGUACAGCACUGAAGUGAAGCGUUACUCGAAAUGUUUUUCUCAAGCCAACUUUGAUUUCAUUGGUAUUCCUGAACCUGCUAAGCAAUACAUGGAUAUUUAAAAUAAAAUAUUUUUAACAAAAAAUGUACAUGA